ACAGCGUGCGUUGGUGUGAGCACUCAGAGAUGUUUGUUUUUAAGUCGUGACCUCCGUUCCUCUCCGUCUGUUUGCAGCACUGUCUCGUCCAUCCUGGGCGCCUGGCUGGAUCAGUACUCUGAGGACUUCUGGAGCCCUCCCAACUACGACUGUCUGCACCAGCUGAUGUCCUACCUGCACCGACACUUCCCCGGCUCCGACCUGGAGCGCCGCGCGCGCAACCUGCUGGCUCACUUCCACCGCCGACAGCAGUGUGAGCCCGAUCCCGAUGGGGAGCACAUCGGCUGCCCUUUCGCCACGCAGGAAGAGAGCGGCUUCGAGGACGAGCUUCCUGCCUUCAGUUUCCUGUCGUUCGACCCCAUCAUGGUGGCCGAGCAGUUCACGCUCAUGGACGCGGAUCUAUUUAAGAAGGUGGUGCCCUACCACUGCCUCGGGGGGAUCUGGUCUCAGCGGGACAAGAAGGGGAAGGAGCACCUGGCUCCCACCAUCAGAGCCACCGUCGCUCAGUUCAACUCCGUCACCAACUGUGUCAUCACCACCUGCCUGAGCAACCCCGCGCUGAAGCCCAAUCAGAGAGCUCGGCUGCUGGAGAGGUGGAUCGACGUGGCGCGGGAGUGUCGGAUUCUGAAGAACUUCUCCUCGUUGCGAGCCAUUCUCUCCGCCCUGCAGUGCAACGCCAUCCACCGCCUGAAGAGGACGUGGGAGGAAGUGUCCCGGGAGAGUUUCCGCACCUUCCGCGAGCUGUCAGAGAUCUUCUCCGACGACAACAACUACUCACUCAGCCGAGAGCUGCUGGUCAAGGAGGGCACCUCAAAGUUCGCCACGUUGGAAAUCAACCCCAAGCGAGCUCAGCGGAGACACCAGCAGCAGAGAGACCUGGGAGUGAUGCAGGGGACCAUCCCUUACCUGGGGACCUUCCUGACCGACCUGGUGAUGAUGGACACGGCCAUGAAGGACUACACCGAGGGUGGUCUGAUCAACUUUGAGAAGAGAAGAAAGGAGUUUGAGGUGAUCGCUCAGAUCAAACUGCUCCAGUUGGCCUCCAACAACUACAGCUUCACUCAGGACAGCCACUUCAGAGAGUGGUUCGCAGGCGUGGAGAAACUCAGCGAGGCAGAGAGCUACAAUCUGUCCUGUGAGAUCGAGCCUCUGUCGGAGUCGGCCAGCAACACGCUGAGAGCCAAGAAGAACGGAGGGAUCAUGAAGCGCUGGAGCGAUCGUCAGCUGACGGAGGCCGGCUGCAGCGCCUCCAGCUCCCACUCAAAGUCCUUCGACCACUCGCACUACAGACCGUACCAAGGGGGCGGGGGGGACAGCGGCGACGCCCUCAGCGUGACCUCGGUCAGCUCCAGUGGUUCAGACCUGGAGGACGUGAACGCCAGCUUCCUGUCCGACUCCCCGGAGGGACACGAGAGGAAGACGUCGACGCCUUCAGUUAAACUCACCGUCUCCGCGUUGGGGAGAGAAGCUCCGGCAGCCGACGCGACGUCAACGUUCUGGGAGUGUACGUCUCUGUCGUCCUUCGAAACGUCGGGGACGGGCUCCAGCUCCGGGUCGGCCUCGGGCUCCAGCAGCGCCUCCUCCUCCUCGGUCUCCUCAUCCACGCCGCUGGCGGCGUCCCGCUCACACAAACGCUCGGUGUCGGCAGUGUCGAACUACUCGACUCUGUCGCUGCCGCUCUACAACCAGCAGGUGGACGACUGCUGCAUCAUCAGAGUCAGCCUGGACGUGGAGAACGGGAACAUGUACAAGAGCAUCCUGGUGACGAGUCAGGACAAGACGCCGGCCGUCAUCAGGAAGGCGAUGAUCAAACACAACCUGGAGCGAGAGAAGAGCGAGGAGUACGAACUGAUGCAGAAAAUCUCUGAGGACAAAGAGCUUCGGAUCCCAGACAACGCCAACGUUUUCUACGCCAUGAACUCCACUGCCAACUACGACUUCGUGCUGAAGAAGCGCGGCCCGGCGCGGCCGAUGCGAGCUAAAAACGUGGCGAGCUCGACGCUUCCUCGCAUGAAACAGAAGGGACUGAAAAUCGCCAAAGGGAUUUUCUGAGGGGGAGUAAGUCGCCCCACGUCCUGCCUCCCCCCUCCUCCUCCCCCCUUUAAACCCUCUCUGGUUCCUCUCUCCUCAGAGGACACGUGUCUGCGGGGGGCGGACUGAGUGUUUUUGAGUUUGGACGCAGAAGGACACGAGAGGAGACAAAACGAGAGCAGAGGAGCACCUUAAGCACUUAACCUCCAGGAGCCUCAGAGGACGCCGGCUCCGAGAGGCUCUGAGGUCAUGACCACGGGAGGAGGAAACUAAAAGCUGUGCUGGAGUCGGACGACCUGGUGGAACUUUAACCGGCUCGGCGAGGAGGCGGAUCCGUUUCAUUUCCUGGAUUUUUUGUUUACAGAUGUUUACAUCCCGACGUCACACGUUCAGCUCUUAAAGACUUUUUGUUCUUCCUCUCGUUCGCCGGGGGAGUUUUGCACCUUCAAAAAGACUUCUUUUAAACUCCCUCCGCAGCCUUCACCCCCCCCCCCCCCCCCCCCCCCCCCGCUCACGCCCCCUCCUGGCGACGGAGUGUACAUAAACAAACACGAGGCCGCAGCGAGUAAACACAGACGUGUGGGCGUUUCGAAUGUGUUUCUACUUUUCAGGGAACUUUUGUGGCGAGCGCGGCGCCGCCUUCGCCGGGUCCUGAUGUCCACGCUGUUUCUGGGACUGCGGCGCUGAACUCCACGCUCUCGGACGCCGGGACUCACGUCAGCAUUUUAGCACCAGCGACGCCCGACGUGGAGGGAAACGCUUUGUGAACGCUGCCAUGUUGAGAGAGAAGGAAAAAGAAAGAUGGAGACUCUUCCUGUGGGAACAGCCAUGAAUCACACGCCACUCUUUUCUUUUUUUAAAUAUUAAUGAAUGGUAACCACUACACGAGGAGGGCGCCGCCGUCCUUCCAUCGCACUCGAGCGGGACAGAAAAGUGAGAGAAGAAGAGCUGAGAACAAACGCAGUGUAAAUAUGUUCUCUUCAGACGGACUCGUCACCAUGGCGACUCUUUUUUUAUUUUGCUUUGUACAUUUUGUUGUUUGAUCUGGUGCUGCUAACUCUUCUCUGACGAUGUCGUUCCAGCCGCUCUGCUUUCUCUUCUUUCUCCCGGCCGCCAUGUUGGAAAGAGACAGGAAGUCCUCGUCUCACCUGCAGAGCGAGACGUUUGGAAGACGUGUUUGCGGUUUCAGGAGCUUAAGGUUUUCUUCUGGAAGCCCGUUCCUGACAAUGAAAACAAGUAAAGAAUACGUCUCAUAGAAGAUGUAAACACUAAUCAUUUAAAGAGUUAAAGCUGAUAAAUAUUUAGCUCCUGAAGUCUCUUCUGGUCAGAAACGAGCUUCAUGCACACAAAAACAUUUGAAUAUCUUUAAAUCGUUUCCCUUUAGAUGUUUAAAGUCUGACACUCUCGGACACAGCGGAUUUUAAAAGACCAUAAAAUAAUAAUGAGUACGACCAGGUUUCUCUUUCUUACUGUCACUUUCCACUCAGAGCCGGCAGAGCCACCACGCUCUGCACCGUUCCAAAUACGCUGCGAGUCUAUUUCCAGUACUCUGCCUAGAGCUGGACAGAAUAGAUCAACCCAGACAGGAAGUCAGACCAGGAAACAUACAGAGCGUGUGGAGAAUUUCAAAAUAAAACACAGUGAACAGACUCCUGAUCGUAUUUCAUCACUUUAUCAACACGAGGUUAAAACAACAAAUCAUCCUCAGAGAGACAAAGCAACAUGUUGUCUGCACGUUGUUCUUGUAGUUCUCCUGUGAUCUUGUAGUUCUCCUGUGAUGUGUGAACAGCUGCUCGUGGCGCGCGCCGUCCGACGGA